CAUGACUUCGCGUUGGGUGCUGAAGUGACAAGCCAAAUCAAACAGGGUGGGACAUCCUAUAAUUGAGCGUACCUUGCUGGCUUUAAUCUGUAUGUAUACUUAAAUAUAAAUAAGAAAGGCACAGGCCCCAACUAGACAAGGGGCUGGCGCUCUCUCGAAGAGGCCUCUUGAAACCAUGUGUCGCAAGACUCUUGUGAUGGCUCUUUGAGUUGUGGAUAUAGCUGUUGUGUCAAAGACGCUAGGCAAGGGCUGCUGAACUGUUGCCCCUAGCUCUACAGCAUCAUGGAAAAACACUAGGCUCAGGCUCUGCGCCAGAUGUCGACCGAGGGGGAGGCCUCUCCUCCCAAGGCGAUAAGCUCGGAGCGCUCAAUAGGCGCGGUCCGGCUGCCCCCGCUCCCAGGCGGCAUACCCACCGUCAGCGGCGGCGAGUCACCAAGCCGGCUCGGAACGCGCAGCAGCGCCAGCGUCUCAGGCCUGUUGACGCUGGAUGACUAUGAGGCCAGCCGCGCAAACUUGGGCUCUGCUCCGGACUCUGCGCUCUCAGAGGCCGUGACGGCAGCGGCGGUCGCCGCAGCCUCCAGCUUUAAGAAGAGCCCGCCAGCUGACGCGCCGCGCACCGAAGCUUCGUUGCCACCCGGGAGCCCGGAAACGGGAAGUCCAGACGCCAGAACGUUGGCCACGCUACAGACCGGGAGCGGCGAGGGCUCGGCAGCGGCCAUGCCUGGCUCUGCUGGUGUGCCGUCGCCGGCGCAGCUGGGCACGACGGCUGACGGUGGCACUCCGUCGCCGUCGCCAGCGGAGGCCGGAGCGGGGGCCGCGGCAGCGGCGCCAGCGGGUUCGAGGCAGCGGGCAGAGCUUCUGCGAGGUAGCGCUCGGCCAGGGACUAUGUCGGCAGCCGCCGCUGCUGCUGCUGGCGUGGGCGCGCCAGCUGCUGGCCCGAGUGGCAGCCGCCCGGCUAGCCGCGAGACCAGCGGCGGCAGCGGCAUGGGCGGGCCCGGAGCGCCGACGCGGCGACUGACGCCGCCGCAGCCUAUCAACGUGGGUGGCGACGAUGUCCCCGGCCCUGGCCCUGGCCCUGGCGGCGCCGCGGCCCACGCAGCCAGCUCGACUGCUGCGGCGCCACCGCCCGCGCGCUGGAGCGCCGCCGGCACCGGCAACGGGGUCGCCGCCAAGGUGGUUGCCGCGGACAGCUUUGCCAGCUUGGAGGCCGGAGCAGGGGGCCGGGGUGACAUCGCCGCCGCGGCGUCGGAUGCGGAGGGCUCGGAGGCUGCUGCUGGUGCUGCUGGUGCUGCCGGUUCUGCUGCUGCGGCUGCGGCGUUGCAGGCCAUGGUGUUGAAUCCCAGUGCCAGUGAUGACAUGGAGCUGGACGCAAUGGGCAUGGACCCCGGAUUCAUCAAGUGCACGGAGGAGGACCCGUCCUUCACGCUUCUUCACUGGGUGGCAAUGCUGGGUCACGACAUCCUGGAGGGCGCGCUGCAUGCGGGCAAGGAGCACCACGCGCGCUUCACGCGCCUGGCGCGGCUGCUCAUCCAGCACCGCAAGCACGACGUGUUCGUCACGGACAGGUACGGCUGCACGCCGCUGCAGCUGGCCGCCGCCACCGGCAACCGGGACAUGGUGGAGGCGCUGCUGGCGCCCUACCACCUGCCGGCGGACGGGCGGCGGGUGCUGGACGCGGCGGCCCACGGCUCCGACUACCUCAACCACCAGGACUCGCAGAUGAACUUCUCCGCGCUGCAUGGCGCCGUGAGCCACGCGGAGCACGCGGUGGUGGUGCUGCUGCUCAAGCACGGCGCCAAUCCGCAGGUGCUGGACGUGACGCGGAAGAGCGUGUUCAAGGUGGCGCCCAACCUGGUGUCGCUGCAGGAGCUGCUGCGCCUCAUGGUGCACCACUACGAGGACGUGCCGAUGUCUGUGAUCGUGCAGCUGAUGGCGGAGGUGAUGGAGCAGCAGCUCAAGGAGCCGCCGGCAGGCAGCGGCGGUGGCGGUGGCGGCGGCGGCGGAGGAGGAGGAGGAGGGCAGCAGGCUGCGAAGCCGACUGCCGCCGCGCCGGCGGCGGCUCCCAAGGAGGGGGCAAAGACCGCUUCGGGGGCUGCGCCGGGGGCCGCGGCCGGCUCUGGGACGAGCACCAGCGGUGCUGCCAAGGACUUGGGGCCGGCCUCGCCGGGACCCGGGAAGGAGGGCAAGGGCCAGGACAGCAAGGACCCCAAGAAACGGGUCAAGGGCAACUGGCUGCGGGCGGCCAAGGCGGCGGGCUACCUGGACAAGGUGGCGGCCAAGGCGGCGGCGCCGUCGCAGCAGCGCUUCAACUUCUUGGCGAUUGCGGGCGAGAUGGUGGGCGCGGUGCAGUCGGCCGACGUGGGCGCCACCAUCCGCCGCUUCUUCAGCAGGCUGUACGAGAAGGCCAAGUACGACACCAUUGUGGACUACGUCAUCGCCGCCAUUGAGGGCAACCACUACAAGCUGACGGAGAUCAUGAUCGACCUGGUGUGCAACCAGUGCCCCGAGGUUCUCAAGUCGCCCCAGUGGCAAGCCACCAUGGAGCCGCUGGUGUCGUCCUUCCCCACCCUCUUCCACAGGCUGCUGUCCAAACUGCAGGACAUGAAAGACAGCGACGUGCGCGGCUUCGUGCACUGCCUGCGCCCCGAGGGCUUCCGCACCGGGCGCGGCGGCGGCGCGGGCGACGGCGGCGGCGUGGACAUGCGCGGCGCUCACCACGCCAUGACCACGGCAAUGACCGCCAUCACCGCCAUCAGCCACGGCCUCGCGCCGCACGGCAACGCCACGCGGUCGCGGCCGGCACCCUGGUCGCUGGGGUCCACGCGCUGGGGAGGCGGCGGCGCAGGCGCUGGCGGCGGAGGAGGGGAGGGAGACGAGGCGCUGCCCAGCGCAGUCGGUGCCGUGGGGCGUAUGAAGAGCAUAUUCGCGGCGCGGAGCGUCACGGCGGGGCCGGGGCCGGGGCCCGCGGCCGCCAAAGCGUUGAGCAUGUUCGCGCCCAGCAGGCCCGGCGCCGGCGGAGGCGUCGGCGCGGCCGCGCUCGCGCCGUCGCCGCUGCCGCACACGCCGGCCGGCGGCCCGCGCUCGCUCGCCGCCGCCGUUGCGCGCGUGUCGCACGACGGCGGCACGGUCCCGGCGGACCGUGCGGCGGCGCUGGCGCAGGCGGCCAUCAAGUCGGCGGGCGGGGGCGGCCACUGGCUCAAGAUUGGGGCGGGCGGGCGCGGCGGCAGCGGCGGCGGGCGCAAGAGCGGCGCGGCGGACCGUGUCAAGCUGCUCAUCUACCAACAGCUGGUGGAGGGCCUGAAGCGGCUGUCGUACCGCGUGAUCAAGAUCUUCUUCGAGCACGCGGACGAGAGCCUUCUCAACGACAUGGCGCAGUUCCCCAUCUACGCCGACUUCGUGGGCUUGGUAGCGGACCGGCAGACGGAGCAGGCCUUCAACGAGUCCGACAGCAGCCGCAAGCUGUUGAUGGAGCUGCUGCGCAUCGCCGGAGGCGGCGGUGCCACGCCCGGCGCCGCCGAGCCCCUGGCCAUGGUCCCCUCCGGCCAGCAGCCCAGCAUCCUGCUGCCGCCCGGCGCCCUGACCAAGCUCCAGAGCGUGGAUAUGCGCGGCCUGGCGUCGCGGCUCUCGGGCCGCUUCGGCGCCUUCGGCUCGCGGCGGGUGCAGCCGGCGGACGUGCCGCAGCUGCUGCCCGGCCCCGGCCCCGGCCCAGGCUCAGGCGGCGCGGGCUCGGGGAGAGGCAAUGGAGCGGGAGCGGGAUCGGGAGCGGGCGACGCGAACAGCAACCCUUCGAGUGCGCGGCAGGUGGUUGUGUCGGGCGGCGGCGGCGGCGGCGGCGGCGGCGGCAACCAUGCGAUGGCGCUCAUAAAAGAUAGCGCCGGAGGCGCCGGGGGUGGCAGCGGCGGCACCGCCGCCUACGACCAUCCGGGCAAGGACGGCAGCGGCGGCGGCGGCGGCGGGUCUGGUUCAGGCGGGCGGUGGGACCUUGCCAAGGUGCGUGCGGACCUGGACCUCCAGACGCUGGACGUGGAGCGGGUGCUGUGGGCGGCGGUGCGGGCGGGCAAGGCCUACAACGUGGAGGCGGCCGUCACCAGCAUCAUCAACUGGGUGGACAUCAACAGCAAGGACAAGAAGGCUGUGUUCCUGACCGGCAUCACCUCUGACCUGAUCAAGGAGCUGGCCAUCCGCUUCCCCACCUCUUGCGCCACACUGCUCAACGUGGUGUCGCGCGACGUCAUGGAGCGGCUGGACACACUGCAGGUGAGCGCCCGGCUGGUGUACGGGCGCGACCACCUGGUCAAGGCCAGCCACGUGCGCAACCCCUUCACCUGGCGCAAGCACGAGCUGGCGCGCCUCAAGGCCAUACGGGGCUAUGACGAGUACGUGGUGGACGCGCUGGUGGACUACGGCGUGCCCUUCGAGUGCGUGUACAAGGCGGCUGUGGAGCUGGGCAGCACUGUGGAGGAGUUCGCGGCGCUGAUCGGCAAGGACUUCAGUGGCUCCGACCUGCGCCAGCUCAUCAGCAACGGCAUCAGGCUGGCCAAGAUCCGGCACUACAUCCACAUGUGCGAGCAGCCUCUGCCCGCCGGCGUGCCCUCCGACUUCAACGAGAAGCUGGAGGUGUCCAUGUCCGAGCUCAUUCGCGACAUGCUCAAGGUCAAGCUCAGCCCGCGCAUCGUGGACGUCAUCCUCCGGGAGGGCAAGAUGUUCGAAACCACCAAGUACAACAACUUCCGGCCCGGCCGCCCGCUGCGCAUCCAGUACCCCCAGCCGCUGUUCGAGCCGGUGUACACGCACCACUUCGUGCAGCUGCUGCUGAUCAGCUGGCGCAAGGGCGUCAAGGACAACAAGGGCGGCUACAGCAUGGAGCCCUGGGCCAAGAAGUUCAUCGACACCGUGUUCGAGCCCAACGACCCGCUCUACACCAAGCUCAAGUCCGCGUACGACAACAAGCUCACAGACACGCAGGUGUACAUCCAAGCCGACGCCGCCGCGGGCGAGGAGGGCGGCAGCGCGGAGGGUGACCACCGCGCCGCAGAGCUGGCCAAGUCGGUGGAGGCGGCGGAGGUGGAGGCGGAGCAGCGCGAGCGCACCGGCAUGCUGCGGCGGCUGCUCAACGUGUUCGCGUCCAACCCGCUGCUCAUCCACCGCUUGCCCGUCUACCUCGUCGCCCAGCUGCUGCUGUGGGCCUGGGCCACAGGUCGCAUGCGCUUCCAGCGCACCCGGGAGGCGUUCCGGCGGUGGCGUGCACGCAGGGUCGGGCGGCCGCUGCUGAGCCGGGCCAAGCGCGCGCGCACGGGCACGCUGGAUGGCGCGGUGCUGGCCUUCCCCAUCCUCAACUUUGUGGAUCUGGGCGCGGGCGACAUUCUGACCGCGCUGGCGGACAGCGACGCCCCCGCCUCCUGGUUUCAGUACGCCGUGGUCAAGGCCCUCUACACGCUGCACUGGGACAUGUUUGGCCGCUUCAUGAUCCUGCUGACGGCCGCCUGCCAGCUGCUGUUCGCUGCCACCUUCUGCGCCUUCUUCAUGCUGGUGCUGGCGUACGGGACAGCCACCGACGAGGACUCGGAGGACGGCGCCACGCUGCGGCGGCGGCCGGACGUGUGCGCCACACUCAUUGCCAGCGCCGUACUGAGCGCGAGCAUGCUGCUGGAGCGGGCCACUGAGCUGCACGUGCCCAGUGUGCCCACCUGGGUGCGCUUCGGGCGGCACCUGGAGCUGGUGUGCCACGGCAUGGUGUGGGCGGUGGUGGGGCUGGUGUUCGCGGGUGUGGCUCCCAGCCUGGUCCCUGCGCUGUCGGGUCUGGCCAUGCUGGUGUUCGUGCUGCGCCUGACGCUGUUCGGGCUGGUGACGGAGAAGCUGAGCACCGCCGUGCUGGCGCUGCUGGAGAUCCUGGCGGACAGCAGGUACUUCUUCCUGCUUAUCGCCGCCGUGUACUCGGGCUUCGUGCUGGCGGCUGCGGGCCUGCGUGUGAACGCGGGCACGGACGCGGAGACCUACACCAGCCAGCUCUUCACCACACUGCUGGGCGACUUCCAGAGCUCCAUCAUCACGGACGAGCGGGACGUGUGGCGCUUCCCCGACAUGUCGGUGCUGCUGCUGUCGCUGUACGCCAUUCUGAUGAUGAUCGUGUUCAUGAACCUGCUCAUUGCCACCAUGAACGACACCUACGACCGCGUCAAGGAGUUCCGCGAGGUGGAGGUGAUGCGGCUGCGCGCGCACAUGAUGGUGUACGUCAAGGACUUCAUGAAGCGCAGCCGCCGCAUGCAGGCCCUGGACGGUGACGUGCUGCACCUGCUGCUGCGGCCCGAGGAGGUCAAGUCGGGCCGCUGGCUCAGCCAGGCGGCCGGAGAGCCGCAGGAGUUCGGCGCAUGGGCGGGUCGCAUCAGCUACAUGCGCUCCAGCAUUGUGCGGGAGGUGGAGACGGUGGUGCGCGCCACGUCAGAGCGGAAUGGCGAGGCCAUCGCCGAGCUGCAAGCCAAGCUGGACAAGCUCGCUGCGGCACUGGACAAGCCAAAGAGCUAGCAGCGGCCGCCUGUUCGCGCUGCAUACCGGAGCUAGCUGCUUUGCCUGGGCUGUCUCGCGAAGCACGGUGCCUUGCUUGUGGCUUGCGAGGUACGGUGUGUGGUGCCUCAUGUGCGGCUGCAGCUGUGUAUGAUUUAGUUCAGCGAGCGGCUCCCGGGAUGUGCUUGCUGGACGCCGGCCAUCGAGUGCCGAUGUGGGAGCAAGGCUAGGGGCGGGAUGGGUUUGCGUGUGUGGGUUGGGUGGCGGGAGGCGCUGAAUAGGCGCCCUUCUGCAGUUGGGAUUGGGCGCCUCGUGCGGACCGGUGUCACGAGUAUGCCGAAGCUGAGAGUGCCGUGUGUGUUCAGGUGCGUCAUUCCGUACUACUGCAUUGCUCCCUUUAUGAGCAGCUCGACGCACUCUUAUUGACAUGUUUGAAAAAACGCAACACGCACAAGCGACUCACAUCUGACCAGGCGCCGCGUGUGAGCGCGACUCAUCAAUUUGCCGGGAUUUACCAAACGCAUAAACCACCGUUUGCAUUUGCUCACCGUUAUCAUCAAUGUGAGACAGUGAGGGCACUAGACGUGUAGCGAUUGCUGUGCGUGGCUGUAUAGGACAUCAAGUACGGUAUUACCGUUGGCGGGCGUCACGGACUGCAUGCAGACUUGGUUCGAUUAAUCAAACAGAGCGUUGGAGAGACAAGCAGCUUAGGACCUGUGACGUGACUCAUUGUAGACGGAUACGCCAUGCUUUCUGGCUUGUGCGUGCACUUGCUGUGCGUGUUUGGCCGGUCUGUGGCGGUGCAACGCCGUGCGCGUGCGUGCAGGAACUCAAGUGCGAUCAGUGUCUUGGGUGUGCGGUUGUGACGUCAGCGCGUACAGAGCUGAUUACGAGGCCAUGGGUCAAAUACGGUAUGAGAUGGACAGACGCGCCUAGGGUGCGGUAUGGCAGAUGUGCUGAACGGGAUUAGGGUUUGGACCCGACGAGGGGGAUAUGUGCCGGGCACUGUUCGUCAUCUGUCGUUAAGCCGUGAUAAUGCCUUGUGCGAGCGGUGUGCAGGCAGCAGUAGGUUGGUGCUAAUGCGAUUGAAAUUUCUCGUGCGCAG